AUGGAGAGGAAUAAGGUGCUAGUUAUGUGCUGUGUAUUAUUCUGCUUCAUGCCCACGUUAUCUAAGAAUCAGUCUAUACAAGAUGAUGAGACACUUGUUUCAGCAGGGAGAAUUUUCGAAGCUGGAUUCUUCAGCUUUGGAAAUUCACAAAGCCAAUACUUUGGUAUAUGGUACAAGAGCAUAUCACCAAGGACAAUUGUGUGGGUAGCCAACAGAGAUACCCCAGUUGAAAACUCAAAGCCAAUUCUGAAGCUUACUGAUCAAGGAAACCUCCUUAUUCUUGAUGGCUCAAGAGGUAUAAUCUGGAUCUUCAACGCAACAAGAAUUGCUGAGAAACCUUUCAUGCAGCUUUUGGACUCAGGAAACCUUGUUGUGAAAGAUGGAGAAAAUGGGGAGAACCUUUUGUGGGAAAGCUUUGAUUAUCCUGGUGACACUUACCUUGCAGGAAUGAAAAUUAAGAGCAAUUUGGUUACGGGUUCAUAUAGAUCUCUCACAUCUUGGAGAAACACACAAGACCCUGGUGUUGGUGAUUUUUCAUAUCACAUAGAUACUCGUGGCUUUCCUCAACUAGUUGUUACAAAGGGUGCGACUGUAAUAUUCAGAGCAGGACCGUGGACUGGCAAUAUGUUUUCAGGUUCUUCUUGGCUUAGAUUGCAGGAAUUGUUGAAAUUCUCUUUGCAAUUUACUGACAAGGAAAUCUCUUUGGAAUAUGAAACCUUGAACAGUUCAAUUGUUACUAGAGCAGUGCUUACCCCAUCAGGUAUUACACAACGUUUGGUUUGGUUAGAUAGAACUCGAGGUUGGGAGAUUAUAUCUACUCAUCCCAUGGACCAGUGUGAAUAUUAUGCCUUUUGUGGUGCUAAUUCAAAGUGUGAUACUGUUAACUAUCCAAUAUGUGACUGUUUGGAAGGUUUCACUCCCAAAUUUCAAGCAAAAUGGAAUUCAUUAGAUUGGACUGGUGGGUGUGUUAGAAUACAAAAUUUAAGUUGUCAGAAUGGAGAUGGCUUUCUGAAGCACACAGGAGUGAAGUUACCAGACACGUCUUCUUCCUUGUUUGACAAGAGCAAGAGCUUUGAUGAAUGUGAGACAUUAUGUUUGCAAAACUGUUCUUGCACAGCAUAUGCAUAUUUAGAUGUUACAGUCGGUAUGAGUGGUUGCUUGAUUUGGUUUGGUGACAUUUUGGACUUGAGAAAACACACUGACCAAGGACAGGAUAUCUACAUACGAGUGGCUGCUUCAGAGCUAGAUCAUAGAAAGAGUAAGAGGAACUUUAAUAGCAAGAAGCUUGCAGGGACUCUAGUAGGAAUCAUUACAUUCAUCAUAUGCAUAGCAAUCCUUGGAUUAGUCAAAUCCUCUUGUAUACAGAGGAAGAAGAAUGAGAAGUCAGGAAUUAUAAAUCAUUGCAACGACAAGGGAGGGGAGGAAGACAUCAAUUUGGCAAUAAUAUUUGAUUUUUCAUUCAUCUCUAAUGCCACAAAUCACUUCUCACAAAGUAACAAAUUAGGAGAAGGUGGCUUUGGACCAGUAUACAAGGGCUUAUUAGCAGGUGGACAAGAGAUUGCCGUCAAGAGGCUUUCAAAUACUUCUGGACAAGGAACAGAGGAGUUCAAAAAUGAAGUCAUGUUGAUGGCAAGACUUCAGCACCGCAAUCUUGUAAAGCUUCUUGGUUGUUCUAUUUUUCAAGAUGAAAAGUUGUUGAUCUAUGAAUUCAUGCCUAAUAGAAGCUUGGAUUACUUUAUUUUUGAUUCAAUGCAAAGUAAACUAUUAGAUUGGAAUAAGCGGUUCCAAAUUAUUGAUGGGAUUGCUCGAGGGCUUCUUUAUCUUCACCAAGACUCAAGACUAAGAAUCAUCCACAGAGAUCUAAAGACUAGUAACAUUCUUCUUGAUGAUGAAAUGAACCCAAAGAUAUCAGAUUUUGGUUUGGCUAGAAUAUUUAGAGGAGACCAAGUUGAAGCCAAAACAAAAAGAGUGAUGGGCACAUAUGGUUAUAUGCCUCCAGAGUAUGCUGUGCAUGGAUCUUUUUCAACCAAAUCUGAUGUUUUUAGCUUUGGUGUAAUUGUACUUGAGAUAAUUAGCGGAAGGAAGAUUAGGGGAUUUUGUGACCCGCACCAUCAUCUUAAUCUUCUUAGUCAUGCAUGGAGACUAUGGAUUGAAGAAAGACCCCAAGAGCUGAUAGAUGAGUUAUUAGCUGAUUCAGUUAUCCCAUCCGAAAUAUUGCGACUUAUUCAUGUGGGUCUAUUAUGCGUACAACAGAGACCAGAAAAUAGGCCUAACAUGUCAUCUGUGGUUAUAAUGUUAAAGGGCGAAAAAGUACUCCCAAAGCCAAGCCAACCCGGGUUCUACACAGGAAAUGAUAAUCCACUUUUUUCUGAAUCUUCAAAAAAUUGUGAAAGGUGUUCAACAAAUGAAAUUUCCAUCUCAUUAAUAGAGGCAAGAUAG